AUGGCAGGCCUUCCUGAAGCUGUAGUGAACUCGGUCGCCAGCCUGGGGCUCAACGGCUCUACAGAACACACCAAUGGCGCUCUAGAGGACGUUGUGGUCAAGAACAUCUGCUGUGUGGGCGCUGGCUACGUCGGUGGCCCGACCGCUGCUGUUAUCGCAUUCCAGAACCCGCACAUCAAGGUGACCGUCGUCGACCGCGACGUCACUCGAAUCCGCCGCUGGAACUCGAAGCACCCUCCCAUCUACGAGCCUGGCCUCCGCGACAUCGUCCGUGUAGCCCGCGAUGGCGGUCGCCGCAUCGUCUUCGACUCCAGCGAGGGUGUCGCCGACAAGACUGAGGUUGGGGUGCGACCGGGCAACCUGUUCUUCACCACCGAUGUCGGCAAGUGUAUCGGCGAGGCUGACAUUGUCCUCGUUUCCGUCAACACCCCUACAAAGUACCGUGGUGUCGGUGCUGGCAGCGCGACCGACAUGACUGCUUUCGAGGCUGUCACCGGCGUCGUUGCUCAGUUUGCCCGUGAGGGUGCCAUCAUUGUCGAGAAGAGUACUGUUCCCUGCCGAACUGCCCAGCUCGUCGCUGAUACUCUCAACAUGCACCGCCCCGGCGUCCACUUCGAGAUUCUGUCCAACCCCGAGUUCUUGGCUGCUGGUACCGCCGUCAACGACCUGCUCUACCCCGACCGUAUCCUGAUCGGUUCUGCUCCCACCCCCUCGGGAAAGAAGGCUGCUGAGGCUCUCGUCAACGUAUACAAUGCUUGGGUCCCCCGCGACCGCAUCCUGACGACCAACGUCUGGUCGUCUGAGCUGGCCAAGCUGGUCGCCAACUCCAUGCUGGCCCAGCGCAUCUCCAGCAUCAACUCCAUCUCCGCUUUGUGUGAGCAGACUGGUGCUGAUGUCGACGAGGUGGCCAAAGCUGUUGGUGUAGACCCUCGUAUUGGUAACAAGUUCCUCGUCGCCGGCAUUGGUUUCGGUGGCAGCUGCUUCAAGAAGGACGUCUUGAACCUCGUCUACCUGGCCGACACUAUGGGUCUUCCCGAGGUCGGCGAGUACUGGCGCCAGGUUGUCAAGAUGAACGAGUACGCUCGCGACCGCUUCACCAACCGCGUCAUCAAGUGCCUGAACAACACCCUGGUCGGCAAGAAGGUGACCAUCCUCGGCUACGCCUUUAAGAAGAACACAUCCGACACCCGCGAGGCCCCCGCCCUGGAGAUGGUCAAGACCCUCCUUGAGGAGCGCCCCCGCGAGAUCGCCAUCUUCGACCCCUGCUGCAACCCCCUCGUCAUCAAGGAGGAGAUCAGGCAGCUCCUCGGCGACGUCGACGAGCUCAAGAACAUCGUCGUCUACGGCAACGGCUACGACGCCUGCGACAAGAGUACCGCCGUCGUCAUCGCCACCGAGUUCGACGAGUUCCGCAACCAGCCUCCCCCCAAGCCCGCCGUCCCCGCCCCCGACCACACCGUCAAGAUGAUCGGCCGCAAGCCCAACCCCAAGGCCGACCCCCGGCCGUUCGAGCGCCCCGAGCCCUCCGCCAACGACGUCCUCGCCCUGCACAAGCACCUCCUCCAGCGCGAGGGCGAGACCUCGAGCGACCCCCUGGGCCGCUACAACCCCGAGCCCGCGUGCCCCGAGGACUGCCCCGACUGUCUCCAGCAGGCCGCGAGCAAGGAGAGCGGCUUCGCCACCGGCAUGGGCAGCUCCCAGGAAUAUAAGGCCAGGGAGCGCCUCGACUGGGUCCGCAUCGCCGACACCAUGGCCAAGCCGCGCUGGGUGUUUGACGGCCGCGGAGUCAUCGACUCGCGCGAGAUGACCAAGCUCGGCGUCCGCGUCGAGAGUGUCGGUCGCCAGCACCGCUUCUAA